AAAGGGCAGAUGAAACAAUCGGAGAAGAGGCAGGGGACUUGCUGUUUGGUUUCACAGUCGCGGAGGAGGCGGCGGUCUUUUUGUUGAUCUUGCGGUCGCCGGGGACGUUAGGGUUGCCUUUAGGUUCCAUUGGAAGCAAUAUGAAUAGGAAUGAUGAGGAAGAUGAAAAGAAUCCAUUGAAUGAGAUGGAAAAAUGAUUGAUUAGGGGAGUAAUGGUGAAGUAAUUGGAUGAAACCGAUAUGCAGAGACGAUAAUCGAAGAAGAGGAAGAGGCGACGGAAGUCAAAUUCGGAGAUCGAGAGAAUAUCAGGAGUACGCCUUACAUCUUAUAACAGGCCGAGAUAAAUUAAAGAUCAGGCCCAAAAAUAUCAAAAUUCGGAGCCCAAUUGCCGAACACAACAGGUGGAUUACAUGACAAAAUAACUACUUCCCAUUGGCUAAUUAUAAAAUCUGACGUGGACAGGUUCAGGGACUCUCAUAUCCCCCUUUUAAUAGUGUUAGAUUACAGAUAUAUGAUGAAAGUAUGAGUGAAUAACAUCAUCAAUGAAAGCAAAAACACUUUGAAUAGCCUCAUCACCACUUUAACAUUUUCUUUUACAAUUUUGUUCAAGAUUUUUAUCAGCUUUGCUUUCGUUGUUUUUUUUUUCUUGAAGCACCCUUCUAGACUGUGAGUUUAUAUGUGUGAGUUUUGUUGUAACAAAUUAUUAUGCUUCUCAAAUAGGCUGCAGAAACACAUGUUGGCACCUCAGCUUGUAGGUUUGCCACAUUGCCACUAGAGCUUGCCUUAAAAUAGACGACUAACAAAAGAAAAAACAAAGAAGGCGGAGAGAACAAAGAAAAACCAAUAGUGAAGCAGAGUCCUCCAUGCAUGGAUUCAGUCAACAGGAUCAUCAACUUCGUGUUUCCUCCUUUAGCCUUGUACGGACUUUUUGUCUUCUACCCAAUUUACCAGAGGCUGAAGUCCGCCGUCUCCAUCUGGCGGAAUGUUUUAUCGGAAAAUGUCGCCGGAAAAGUGGUUCUAAUCACCGGCGCAGCUUCUGGCAUAGGCGAGGCUUUAGCAUAUGAGUACGGGAAGAAAGGUGCGUACUUAGCACUUGUUGAUAUAAGAGACGAACCUCUCUUCCACGUGGCGGCUCUCGCUGAGCUCUAUGGGUCCCCUGAAGUCAUCCCCAUGGUCGCCGAUGUUUCUAAACUCCACGACUGCAAACGUUUUAUCCAAGCCACGGUUCUUCAUUUUGGCCGAUUGGAUCAUCUAGUUACAAAUGCAGGAGUUGCUCCACUCUAUUUGUUUGAAGACAUCGACGAUCUUUCCAAGGCUAUGCCAGCUAUGGACAUAAACUUUUGGGGAUCUGUGUAUUGCACCUUCUUUGCUUCUUCGUACUUAAAGAAGUCUAGAGGAAAGAUUGUGGUGAUUGCUUCUGGAUGUGGAUACAUCGCUUCACCCAGAUUGAGCUUUUAUUGUGCGAGUAAAGCUGCUGUGAUCGCGUUUUACGAAACUCUAAGAUCUGAGUUUGGAUCAAAGGUCGGGGUUACAAUAGCAGCACCUGGGGUAGUUGACUCAGAAAUGACCCAAGGCAAGUUCAUGACAAAGAACGGACAAUUCAUAGUGGACAAAGAGCUCAGAGAUCAGGUACAAAUAAGCUUAUUGCCAGUGGAAUCAGCAGAGAGGUGCGCUAAAGCGAUACUAAGGAGCGUGUGCAGAGGAGAUAGGUACUUGUUGGAACCUGCAUGGAUCAGUUGUGUAAUACUUUGGAAAGUGUUCUGCUCAGAGGUAACAGAUUCGUUGGGACGGUGGCUAGUGAUGGGUUGACAAUAUGGAAGCUCCAGACGAGAGGAAUUGUUGAUCUAGCCAACAACAAAUUACAUUAAGGGACACUUGUUAACAGCCAUGUAUAAUCUACCAAAUAUAUAAAAAGUAUCACCUAUAUGAGUAACUAGAGGGUCAUAUACUCAUAUAUCAUGUUCUGUAUAGUUUCUUUAACCGGAAAUAUCCUACUCAUGUAUAAAUAUCCGGCACGAAAGAUUACAGAGAAUGUUUCCGGGAAGCUAUGACUUUUUAAUUAUUAUUUUU